AUGUCGGGCCGAACCAGUCGCUACCGAUCUUCCACGUCCGCGUCGACCGCCUUGACCACGUCUAAAGCUACCGAAGUCCUCCAGCGACUCCUCGACAACGUAAAUGCUUGCCUCUCUUUCACAACAGGCAAUGGGUAUCCAGACCCCGAGCAACUAUCAAAGCAUAUCCGCCAGAUCCAACAGCACCUCUCCGCGACAACCCCUCCGAGCGCUGUUCAAGACGACUUCAGACAUCUACGCGGCUUCCACCUCUUGUUUGAUGUGCUGCGGUCUUUCUCGGGCUUCUACAACCCCCAGAAACGAAGUGAGAGCGAGAAGAAGAGCUUUUUUGACAUCCUCGAUGCCAUACUCAGCGCCCUUUCCGCUGCGUUUGGCAGCCACCCAGGCAAUCGACGAUACUUUCGCACAAGGGUCGAAGGUGGUGGGUGGGAUGCCCUGGAGCAGAUUAUUGCGAGCAUCGGACUUGGUGGUAGCGAUUCGGACCUCUGGUCGAGCUGCCAGCUGUUUGGGAAGCUUCUGGCCUUUUCUCUCGACGAUGUUGCGCUGGACCGGCUAUGCUGCGAUGUCGCAUCCGCAGGCAUUGAAACUCGACGGUCUGAGACUGCUGCGUCUGGUCCCGAGGAAGGCGAUUUGAAGAGCCACCAUGACGCCGGAUCCGAGGAUCCUAUCGUCGCGAUCGAGAAUGCUAUCGAAAACACCGUGGGCCCCAAGUCGACACUGCACAACCCUGAAGUUGUUCGGACGAUCGUAGAUUUCUGGGAGUCGGUUCCAAGAGAUCAGAAGCUUGCCGAGAACUUGGCAUCUUUGAUGGUACUCAAGGUUCUGGCUGCGAUCGUGGCCGUCUCAAACAUUAAUCUGAGUCUAGUACACGAGACUGGCGUCUUAUCUCGGUUUCUCAGGCUGGCCUUUGAUGCAAACUCGGCACUCAAUGAUGCGGAGAGAGGUAUCAUGCUCGAUUUAUGUCGGAAACUCAUGCCUUUCGGCAUGAAUCGACUUAUGGACGCUCAACUGCUCCUCCUCAAUCCCUCUAUCAGCUCCGCCGACUUCUGUUUGGAUAUGAUGCAUAAACACAGCAGUCCCCCUUUUAUACAAUUCGACCUCUCAUUGCAUGGUCAUUCCUCCAUCGAGUUGCCCAGCCUAGGCCGGCCAUUUCCCCAUCAAUCCUCUGCUGGGUACACCUUCACAGCUUGGGUCCGAGUGGAUCAGUUCGAUCCCAAGUCACAUACAACCAUUUUUGGGGUCUUCGAUUCGACCCAAACUUGUUUCCUUCUCGCAUACCUCGAAAAAGAUACCCGCAAUUUCAUCUUGCAAACUUCAGUCACAUCUUCACGUCCCAGUGUGAGGUUCAGAACAUUCACUUUCAAGGAGAACAAAUGGUAUCAUAUUGCAGUGGUACAUCGGCGGCCCAAGACUAUGACAGCUAGUAAGGCUUCCUUGUACAUAGAUGGGGAGUUCGUCGAACAGUUACGAGCGUCGUAUCCAAACCUGCCACCUGUGUCGAAUGCCAGCACGGAGAGUUUUGCGUCAUUCACAUCGAACAGCAACAAAACACUGCCUGUCCAAGCGUUCUUGGGGACACCGCGAGAGCUAUCCGCCCAUAGCGGCGCCGGAAUGAUCAACUCGAAAUGGUCUCUAGCCACAGCCCAUCUCUUUGAUGAUGUACUAAGCGAAGACUUCCUCGCGGUACCGAGCCGGCUUGGUGUACAUUAUCAGGGAAACUUUCAAGACUGUCUGGGUGGAUUUCAGACUUACACUGCAUCGGCUGCCCUUGGGCUCCGCAACGAUCUCGUCGAUGCUAGCAGAGAUGAUUCUGAUAUUAUGAAAGUCGUUCGGGAUAAGGCGAGUCACCUUGUUCCUGAGCAACAUGUCAUUCUUAGCAUGAUGCCAUCUGCAGUUUUUCUGGAGAGGGAGCAUUUCGGCAAUUCGCAGCUGUUUCGAUCUCUGUCUCGCGGGCCCGCCAAUACCCUCGUGCAGAUGGUCUUGAAGAAUGGCACGGGUAUAGCUAUCAAUACAGCACUGCCUUCCAUCAAUGAUGCACUGCUCCGCUCCAAUGGCGUGGCUGUACUGGCCGGGGACCCCAUCGUUGCCGCACCUCAGUUCUUCGAUGACGCCCUGUGGCGGCUUGCUGGGUUUACCUCGCUGGCCCUCAAGCUAGUAGAGCGGGCUUCGUCAGCUGAUGCACUUGUUCGUGCCGUCGAGAUGGUUUUCAAAUGCACCAAUUCGAGCUGGCGGAAUAGCGAGGCCAUGGAGAAAGACGGCGGGUAUGCGAUAUUGGGACUGCUUCUCAGAACCAAGCUUGGCUUCGCCGGGUCUACGAGCGAGAAUGUGACCGCGAAACUUGUCCUUCAAAGCACGGAGAGGGACAAGCUAUGCUUCCAACUGCUGAGUCUCGUGCUAGGGUUCAUCGGAUACAACCAUCGGGAACCCCUUGAAUCUGUCAUCAUCAAUCCUCUGGCAUAUCGAAUUCUCCUGCUAGAUUUUGAUGGUUGGAGAAGAUGUGUACCCAUCAUCCAGGAGCUAUACUAUAAACAGUUCGUGGCAUUUGCGGUCAUGAGCAAGUAUCACCAGUACAACAACCGGAGGUUGCUCCGAAUGCGAAUCGUGAAGAGGCUUCUUGAUGCCCUGAAGGCUGAGCCACUGCCUGAAAACGUGCUGCCUUUUUUCAUGGAAGCCAUCGAAAACCUGGUAAAAUGCAGCUAUAAUACUGAAGUUCACCGAGCUCUCGCCUUGUUUAUUACUUACACUUUUCACUCUCCGCUGAGGUCAUACCCCCGUACACCCAGACCGGCUUCCCUUAUCGAUCGCUCGAAUACGACUGCUUCAUCGCGGCGACCUACGAUCGAAACGAACGGGACGGGCGAGAACGCUGUACGAGCUCUCACCAAGAGGGAGAUCGGCAUACGUAUCUUGGAUAUGUACAGUCAACUGCUGUGUGAAAAGGGGAACUUGGCAAUCAUCCGCAAAUUCGCCAAAACAGUAACAAACAAGGUACUUGACUCAAGGCCAUUACAAUCCGAGUCCAAGCUGAUGAUGGCCCAGUGGCUGCUGUAUCUUCUCACCGAGAGGGACCCAGAGAUUGUAGUUUACGGCUGCAAGAUACUUGCUCGGUUGCUUGUCUCCCAUGGCCCUGUCUAUGUAAGCAAGUUCUCCGGUAAGACCGGAGGAUUCUGUAUCAUGGCACACCGUCUCAGGCGAUGGUGGGAUGUCCCUACUAUAUGGCCUAUAUGUUUCAGCAUUCUCUUCGGUUACGAUGUGGCAGAAAUUGAUUUCGAAAAAAAUCUCGAUUUCUUCAGCCUGUUGGAGACGUUUGGAAAGUGUAAGGUUGCCAACCCCGAUGCUCUCUCGGUCAUCACGUCCAUGAUUCAGCAUGGUCUCAAGGACAUCUUGAAGAACCAGGAAGAUCCAGACUCUCCCCGAGCUGACCAGGAACCCCCGAGGCCCUUGACAGCUGACCCCGAGUCAUCGAGUACGAGAUCUCGGGCAAGGUCCAUGUCUCUUCAGAAGGAGCUGGAAUCGCGGCAAUCGCCCCAGACGGGCUCUGAUCGUAACACAGGCAAUGCGACCAUCCUGCAAGCUGCGAUCCGAUUUCUUGCAGACUUACACGCCCGCUCUUCCGAUUUCAGAGAUUUUGCGUUGUCCUCAGACUACGUAAGACUGCUUCUCUCUGCUCUUUACCCUGCUCUCGUUAGCACGGAUCCAGUCAAUCCUGAGACGGAACUGAACUCCAGAGAUUCUGCUCUCACCUUUGAAGGUGGUGACGUUAUACUUCGCCCUGUCGGGACAUCUACCGCUGCUCCGGUAAUUCGAACCUCAAGCACUACUGACACAUCGCUUCCGUCUUCUGGGGGCACGCACCGAGGAACCCCAUUGCGCAAAGCAUCGUCAUUCAUACUUCUGACUUCGCAGAAGUCGCCACAACCUAGCCCUUCUCGCCUGGCUCAUGUGAUGUCCCCGAAGACAAAAGUCACGACCCUCAACAUCGGUCAUGGUUUGAUUGAGGGUAUUGUGGAGCUUGUUGUUAACGUCUUCAUGGAUCAGCUCCUGGCACGAAAGGAAUUCCCAGGUUUUGGCCUCUUCCUCAAAGUCCCACCUGGAUUCCAAGAACACCAGGCGUAUUUUGAGUCAUAUGUUCUGAAGAGCACCAUUAUUCACAUGACGACAGCCAUCAAGUUGGAUUGGAAGGUUCUCAGCGAGCCGAGGAUUUUGACCAAUAUGUCGAGAUUUAGUCUGCACAUGGUGGAAGCUAUCUUUGAGGGCUGGUUCAUGAACGGGACCGAAUCCAUGCUAGACUUUGCCGGGCUGCUACUAGAACAUCUCCAGAAACCAGACAUCGCCAAGAUGAAGACCGUGAGACUCUGCAGCCAAGCAGUAUCCACGAUACGUGGUUCCUUUCUCAAAUUGGUACUUCUGAGACUCUCAGAGAUGGAUGAUCCCGGGACUACCGACAAGGAGGCAAACUUCUCGAUGGAAAAGAUACUGUAUUGGCAGAUGGUUGUUCUGGAGUCUCUGUCUAUCGAUGACGAGUACAUGAAGCUCUUUUGGUAUCAACUCUACAUCAAGCUUGUGGACACAAGGUCUACCGUCCGUCUCGCCGCUGUCAACAUAUGGCGCAUCAUGCUUGUCCAGAAGCCUCAGGAGUGUGCAUCACUGUUUAGGCUUCUCAUGACUUCGGAUCAAGCCCAGCUGGCAGCGGGCUUCCAGAAGCUCACUGAGCUGGACACCGACGCUUUCAUCGAGUGGGUCGAUCAGCAUCGGUCUUCGUUGGAUGCGCUGUUUCUCGGAAGUAUCUCUCGAGUCUGGGAGGAGUUUGUCGGAGCGGAGAACCACCGUACAUGCGAAACUGCUAAGUCACGGGUCGCCAAGCGGAGGGAUAUUCUCAAACGAUGGCACACGGAGAUGUACGAACGAGACAACAUCCUCCUGCGUCAUGAUAUGACGAACGCUGCAUGGAUGAAAUCCAUCUAUGCCUCCGAACACUUCAAACAUCAGCGCGCCAUGCAAGACAAGCAAGACGACUUCCUGUUCUUCUCAACCUCCUUCUCCAAGAUGGAACGAGAUUUGAGUCGACCUGGCGCUGUUCUAUACAAGCCCGGUCCUAACAAGUGGAAAGUUGAUCGAACAGAAGGACGGAACCGCAUGCGUCUUCGAUUACUUCCAGAUUCGUCACCAGCACAUGAGGAAUAUCAACCAAAGCGAAGGACAACUGACCAACAAUCGGCAUCGUCUUUGAAGCUGGACACUUCUACCCCCGCGGCGAAGGCGACGCAGUCAAUACAGAUGAGUCCCUCAGUGAUAGCACCAUAUGUUACUAAUAACGACGGCACCGCAACUAUAUCGGAUCCUCCGGAUGAUACAACUUCCGAUGCCAAAUCGCUAGAGCAGUCUGCGAUUCCCGAGGAGGACUUUGAGUUGAUUGACGACCCGAACGACCCGGCUGAUGACGGGUUUGAGGAUAAGAAUCGGAGAGUCAUGAGACGCUUGCAGCAAGGAGACGCUGUUCAACAAGUGUACAACAUCUCUCGCAUCAUCGGUCUUGAAGCCUGCGAAGGAAUCCUGCUGAUUGGGAAGAAUGCUCUCUACAUCAUGGACAACUUCUUCCAGUGUGCGGAUGGGGAGAUUGUCAACGUUUGGGAGGCACCUGGAGACGAACGAGAUCCUUUCUCCCAGAUAAUCACGGGGACGAAUUCCGGCGAGAGUCGGCAACCGUCGAGCCGCAGCACUCAGUCUUCUCGCAGCUGGAAGUGGUACGACGUCAUCAGCGUCUCGAAACGCCGAUUCUUGUUCCGCGAUGUUGCAAUUGAAAUCUUCUUUACCGACGGCCGAAGCUACUUGUUGACAGCAAAGAAUCCGGCAAUGAGAGAUGAGGUGUUUGCUAGGCUCGCGCACAAAACUCCCCAUACCGCCGGGCCAAACUCACUGCCCAACCCGGAGGAUGCCUGGCGUUUGGAAUCACUCAAGAUGUUCGAAGAAGCGCCCCAAACGUUUGGGUCCAAGUUUGGCAGCAUCUUCAACUCCUCUCCAUGGAAUCCGAUCAUGCGCCGAUGGCAGAGAGGAGAGAUCUCUAACUUCCACUACCUCAUGCUCGUCAACACAAUGGCUGGCCGAACUUUCAAUGAUCUGACACAGUAUCCUGUGUUUCCGUGGAUCCUGGCAGACUACAGCAGUGAUGAGUUGAACCUAGACGACCCUGCAACGUUCCGUGAUCUGUCAAAGCCUAUGGGUGCGCAGACUGCCCGACGACAGGCCGACUAUCAGUCCAGGUACACGAGUCUUGCUGAGAUAGGCGAAACUCCAUUCCACUAUGGUACUCACUACUCCUCAGCCAUGAUCGUUUCAUCAUAUUUGAUUCGCCUGCCCCCUUUCGUGCAGUCCUAUAUCCUCUUGCAAGGUGGCAAUUUCGACCACGCUGACCGACUUUUCUUUUCGAUCGAAGGGUCAUGGAAGUCGGCCUCCCAAGAUAACGGGUCUGAUGUUCGAGAGUUGAUACCCGAGUUCUUUUGCCUUCCGGAGUUUCUGACAAAUGUCAACGGUUACAACUUCGGUGAUCGGCAGGGAUCUGGUGGCCGAGUCAAUAACGUCGAGUUGCCUCCGUGGGCAAAAGGUGAUCCCAAGAUAUUCAUCGCCAAACACCGUGAAGCCCUCGAGUCUCCUUUCGUAAGCCAGAACCUCCACGCCUGGAUAGACCUGGUCUUCGGUUUUAAGCAACGUGGCGAGACGGCUGUGGAGAAUCUGAAUGUGUUCCACUAUCUCUCCUACUAUGGCGCCAAAGAUCUCGACAACAUCACAGACGCGGAUGAGAGGCAAGCCACCACUAGCAUCAUCCACAACUUUGGCCAGACACCGCAUCAGGUCUUUACCAAGGCUCACCCAGCUCGCGAGAACGCCUCGUUCCCCGCGAAGAGACUGGAUACUUCUAGCUAUGCGCUCGCCAGGAUUCCACAUCCACUUCUCGAGAGUCGAGAGCGAGUGGCUUCGCUGCUGUACUCGCCCAAGCUAGACCGUCUUCUUUGCUCGUCCCCAUUCCGGCUCAAUCUGCCACCCUUCUUUGACAAAUAUCUGGAGUGGGGCUACGCGGACAACAGUGUUCGGUUCUACUUCACAGAGAACAGGAAGAGUGCCGGCGUCAACGAGAACUUGCACAUUGGCCAGAUCUCCUGCAUCCUUGUUGCAGACUCAAAAACUCUGAUCACGGCGGGCGAAGAUUGCGUGGUAUCGGUCUUCAGCAUCCAAAGCGCAUCUGGGAAACCCGUGGAGCUUAUGCACCGGUCGUCACUUUUUGGGCACAAGACUCCGGUCACGACCAUUGCCGUGUCCAAGGCAUUCAGCACCCUCGUGACCAUCUCUGGCGAUGGCCACGCCUUCCUCUGGGAUCUCAACCGCCUCGAGUUUAUUCGGAAGCUGCCAAGCACCCGGCCUGUCGAGUGUGCUCUCAUCAACGAUGUGUCUGGCGAGAUCAUGCUCUGCUCGGGCACAAACGUGGCAUUGUACACGCUCAACGGGGAGCUGAUUCUCGACCAAAACGUGUGUGCCGAGCACGACGACUUCGUGCACUCGUGUGCGUCCUACGAGGGGUCGGGCAACGAGUGGCUGGAGAGCUAUUUGGUUUUUACUGGACACAGGAGGGGACGGGUCAACAUAUGGAGGAGGACGGUCAAGAACGGACGGUGGGUGCUGGAGCUGGUCAGAAGGCUUGAUCAUAUCGAUGCCCGCAGCGAGACGGGCACGAAUACCGAGGCGGCCAUCACGUGCAUCACGCCCAUGCCGCAGCUUGUAUAUACGGGGGAUGAUGAUGGAAGAGUGUACGAAUGGAAUUUGAUCCAGCGGGAGCGGUAG